CGGACGAUGGAGCCCGGCGCGGCGCGCGCCAAGGCCCCGGCCUUCCUCUCGGACCUGGGCAAGGCCACGCUGCGGGGCAUCCGGAAGUGCCCGCGCUGCGGCACCUACAACGGCACGCGGGGCCUCAGCUGCAAGAACAAGACGUGCGGCGCCGUGUUCCGCUACGGCGCCCGCAAGCAGCCCGCCGUCGACGCCGUCAGGAUCGUCACCGGCUCCGGCCUGCAGCUCUACUCGGUGCGGCAGCGGGAGCGCGGCCCGGAUUACCGCUGCUUCGUGGAGCUGGGCGUCUCGGAGACGGCCAUCCAGACGGCGGAGGGCACCCUCAUCACGCAGCUCAGCUCGGGCCGCUGCCACGUGCCCGCGUGCCUCAAGGCGGCCGCGCAAGGCGUGGUGGAGAGCCAGUGCCAGCACGUGAAGCUGGCCCUCAGCUGCCAGACCGAGGCCACGCCGCUGGCGCUCAAGAACUCGGUGCUGAGCGCCGUGCAGGCGCCCGCCGAGACCAAGCAGACGCUGUGGCAGCUGGCCGCGGAGCCCACGGGGCCGCUGGUGCAGCGCAUCACCAAGAGCGUGCUGGUGGUGAAGUGCAAGGCCAGCCCGAAGCACAGCCUGGGCUACCUGCACGCGUCCUUCGCGCCGCGGGCGGGCGCGCGCGGCGCGGGCGAGCAGCGCUUCUCGUGCUCGUGCCAGGCGCUGCGCGCGGGCAAGGCCGGCGCCGGCAAGGCCGAGGCGCCGCCGCGCUGCAUCCACUUCCUCGCCUGCGUCUGCGCCUUCGCCAGCGACGAUGCCCUGGCCCAGGAGUUCGCCGACUUCCUCGGCGGCGACGCGGGCGGUGUGCGCGGCCCCGCCGCGCCGCAGCCGGUCUGCGGCCCCCCGGCGCCCGCCCCGCCGGCCCACGCUGCCGCCCCCAGGGCCAAGAGGAGGAAGAAGGACGGCACGUCCGGUGCGCGGGGCAGCAGCCCUCUCCUGGCUCCGGAGGCCAACAGCAGCCUGAGGAGAAGCAGCCUGAGGAAGCCGGCCGUGGUGGCGUCGCUGAGGAGGCCAGGCUGUCAUCAGCUGCUGGAUGAGUCGCAGGUGACCCUGUCCUUCCAGGAAUGGCUGGCCAGCGUCACCGAGCGGAUCCACCAAACCAUGCAUUACCAGUUUGAGGGCAAGCCGGAGCCGCUGGUGUUCCACAUCCCGCAGGCUUUCUUCGACGCCCUGCAGCAGCGCAUCUCCAUGGGGAGCACCAAGAAGAGGCUGCCCAACUCCACCACAGCUUUUGUCCGCAAGGACGCCCUUCCCUUGGGCACCUUCUCCAAGUACACGUGGCACAUCACCAACAUCCUGCAGGUCAAGCAGAUCUUCGAUACGCCCGAGAUGCCUCUGGAAAUCACCCGGAGCUUCAUCCAGAACCGGGACGGGACGUACGAGCUGUUCAAGUGCCCCAAGGUGGAGGUGGAGAACAUCGCCGAGACGUACGGGCGCCUGGAGAAGCAGCCGGCCAUCCGGCCCCUGGAGCUGAAGACCUUCCUCAAAGUGGGCAACACGUCCCCCACGCAGAAGGAGCCCACGCCGUUCGUCAUCGAGUGGAUCCCCGACAUCCUACCUCAGUCGCGCAUCGGGGAGCUGCGCAUCAGGUUCGAGUACGGGCACCACGGCGGGCGGCAGCCGCCCGCCUUCCAGGAGGCGCCGCUGGAGCCGCCGCUCGAGCUGCCGCCGCUCGCUGCCAUCACCUUCCCCUGAGG